UGGCUUUUUUGUUUCAGGCUUUCCCCUUUUUGCCAUGAUGUCAACUGUCGGGCCAUCUAGUCUCUACGAAUACAAGAUGAGCGACUACUGUUGGCUGGCUCAUCUCCCCAUGUCGUACGCUUUUCUGCUUCCUGCUGGUCUCAUACUGAUGUUCAACAUGAUAAUCUUCUCCAUCGUCAUAUACAAGCUGGCCAAGAGGGAGAAGGUGCAAAAAACGUUGACAGGUACCAAUGGGGAAGGCGUAGACAAACAAUGGAUACUCCGUCAGCUUCGUCGGGCCUUCAGCGUCAUGUCUCUGUUUGGUCUCACAUGGGUGUUCGGCUUCUUUGUCAUCAGCGGUGGUCAUCCUGCUUUUGCCUACCUGUUCUGCACCUUCAACACUCUCCAGGGUCUCUUUGUCUUCAUCUUCCACUGCGUCUUGAGGGAGGAUAUGAGAAAGUGGCUCAAGAAAUUCGACUUCAAAGGAAAGAAGAAGAAUAUGUAUGUCCUCGAUGAGAGCAAGUCAUCUUCUGCAGCAGUUGAGCUAAUGCAGUUUAAACGUUUACAACCUGGCAACAGUCCGGAUGGGUCAAUCGAAGAAGUAACUGAAUGAUACACUAGAAUUGUUACUCAAGAAACUGAAUGAAUUACUUGAGUAACGAAUCCUGUGUAUGUCUUCAAUCGGAUGCCUUAUCUAAUUUGACGGUAUUGAGAUUAGUUCGCAAUUCAGACAUUGUCUUGGGUUAAAAAAUCCCUAUCUGCAGAUUGAAAGAAUGAAUGAAAAGUUCAAGAGUUUCAACUUGAUUUCUAUAAAGUAUUCAAAUGCGGAUAGGUUUUAUCUGCGUCUCAAGAACUAACUUGUACUAAAGCAUAUUUCAGAUUUUCAGCAUCACGACUUAUAAUCAUAUCUAGGCGGUAGAUAAAAUGGUUGGAUGGCCAUGCGUG